CAGCGAGUAACCUGUUGGGCCUCGACAUGUCAGCGCAGACGGUGGAGGGGGAGGGGUCGCCUGACGUCACAGCUUCCUCCAUCCACCUGGCCGUACAUCAGAGGCGGUCGGACAUCAGGGUCAUCAUGCACACACACCAGCCUUAUGUCUCCGCCCUCGCGGCCCUCGAGGACUGCGAGCUCCGGAUGGUCCACCAGAAUUCGAUAAGGUUUUGGAACCGCGUGGCUUACGAUCUCAACUACGGCGGCGUCGCUUUCUCGUCUGAGGAAGGGGAGAGGCUGGCCAAAGUCCUGGGCGACAAGGACAUCCUGAUCAUGGGAAAUCAUGGCGUCAUGGUGGUUGCUCCUACCAUUUCCAUGGCCUUUGAAAUGCUCUACUUCCUCGAACGCGCGGCUAUGGUGCAGUUGAAGGCCUUUUCCACCCAACGCCCUCUGAAAGAAAUUACCGAAGAAGUAGUUAAGUCCGUAGCCCCCGAGUACAUGAAGCGCGCGCAGCAUUAUGCGGACACUCUGUACUACGCCGUUUACCGUGAUCUCCAGCGGACGCAGCCGGAGUUUGAGAAGUAGUUUGUCGGAGAGAAAAGGGCAGAGCGAAAGAAGGGAAGGGUGGAGAAAGGCAGAAGAAAUGGGAAAUGAAGAGAAGAAGUAAAGGAGGUAAGAGAGAUAUCCGGAAGACAGGAAGAGGCGGAGAAAACGACUGAGCUUCAGGGAAAUGAUUCAAAAAUCCUGAUACUCA